AAACUGUCAUCCACGCGCGCCAUGUGAGCCCACUUUGACAGCUCAACUUCCGUCUCCGCGUCGUUCGCCAGCGGUCCGUUCUCUUUCUAGUUUGAACGUCCAAACAAGUGAGUUGUGUUUCAUUUUGGUGCCGCUCUCGUUUCGUGUCGGAAGGACUUAAAAAAUGCGUUACGUGGCUGCAUACCUCCUGGCUGUCCUCGGCGGAAACGCCAGCCCAUCGAAUGCCGACAUCGAGAAGAUCCUGAGCUCGGUCGGUAUCGAAGCGGAUUCGACCCGUGUCACGAAAGUGGUCAACGAGCUGAAGGGCAAAUCGGUCGAGGAACUGAUUGCCUCCGGUCGCGAGAAGCUCUCGUCGAUGCCAGCUGGUGGUGCCGCCCCGGCUGCCGGUGCUGGUGCUGCGGCCGGUGGUGCCGCUGCCGCCCCCGCUGAGGAGAAGAAGGAAGAAAAGAAGGAAGAGUCGGAAUCCGAGGACGACGACAUGGGAUUCGGUCUCUUUGAAUAAGAAGGGAUUCCAGCACAUCGUACAAGGAUGUGUCACGAUGACCAUUCGUUGGAAGGGUACAACGUAUUUAUUUCUGUGAAAUAAAUUACCAAAAAAGCAAGAAAAUAAAAUCAAGGAGGAGACUCUGCUGAAAAGCCAA